GGUGAGGAGCAUGCGUACGGCGUCAACCUGGCCCCACCGGAGGGGACGUGGGUGGAGCUGAAGAAUGGAAUCAGGUUCAUGCGCGACGCAGAGAACCUGGAUGACAAGCUGAAGAACACGCGCAUCACCUACAGCCUGGAGUGCAGCCAGCCGGACGGCAGCGAGCGCAUCGCGGCGUUCGUGGAGCAUGCGCUGGAGGUCUACCGCAAGCAGCAAUCCGCCCGGGUCGACCCCGCACGCUACCUCUACAUGCCCGUGCUGCCCGGCUUCCGCCCCACCGCGGUGGAGGGCGGCGAGGGCGGCAGCGGCGGCUCCUCCGCUGCGCUCUACAAGCGCUACAAGCUGAGCGAGGAGAAGAGCUUCGCCUCGCUGUUCCACCCGGAUAAGGACUCUCUGCUGCGUCUGGUUGACCAGUUCCUGCACAAGCAGGGCAAGUUCGCCAUCCCCGGCUACCCGCAGAAGCUGGGAUUCCUGCUGUACGGGCCGCCCGGGACAGGCAAGACCAGCCUCAUCAAGGCCCUGGCGCAGCACACCAAGCGCUCCAUCAUCUCCGUACCGCUGUCCAAGAUCUCAACCAACCAGGAACUCAUGGACAUCGUAUUCGACAACAAGCUGCAAAUCCAGAACAGCCCCUCCUCCGACUCCGCCUCCAUCUCCCUGCCCUUCCACAAAACCAUUUUCGUCAUGGAGGACGUCGACGCCGCCAGCAGCGUUGUACAACGUCGUACUCCGCCCUCGCUGGCACCAGCAGCGGCCCCCUCGUCCCCGCCGCCACACCCUGCCGCCGACAUCCCUGCCUGUGCUGCCACAGACGAGGAGUUCCUGAUGACCGCUGCUGCUGCCGCUGCUGCCGCCCAGUUCGCCGCUGCAGCCUCCGCCUCCGCCGCCAGUUACCGCGGCAGUAGCAGCAGUACGGCAGCAGCCCGCAGCGAGGAUGGCAAGGCGGAUCCUGAUCAGGACAAGGCUGGCGAUGAUGACGGGGAUGGUGAGGGCUCCGAAGGCGAGGAAGAUCAGCGAGGCGGCGGCAAGGGUAAGAAGAAGCGCGCCGGCACCACCACCAAUAACACCACCACCUAUUGGAAUCGCCAAGGCCUUGUCGGCACCAGCAAUACCUCCUUAGCAGCAUUCGGCAGCGGCAUUGCUUCAUCACCUGCUGCUGCUGCGUUCGGACCCAUGGGUCCGGCCUUUGGCGGUGGCGGCGUCAGGGGGUUGCAGCUCUUCCGCGGCGACGACGAGCUGAACCUUGCGGGACUGCUGAACGUGUUGGACGGCGUGGUGGACACGCCGCAGCGCAUCAUCGUGAUGACAACCAACCACCCGGACAAACUGGAUCCGGCGCUGAUCAGGCCCGGCAGGAUCAAUAAGAAGAUAUACAUGGGCCGGCUGCGUGCGACUGAGGCGCUGUCAAUGGUCCGGCACUACUUUGGCGCCCUCGCCGCAGCGGACGAAGCGGCGCUGCGGCGGGUGUGGUUGGACGAGCGGUUGUCCCCCGCGGAUCUGGAAUCCAUGUGCGCCGAGUACGACACGGUUGCAGAGCUGGUGGAGGCGGU